AUUUGACCUAGUCUACUGUCAUAUCACCAUACUUCCCGCUGCGUAUUAAAAGGCAUCAUUGAACUCUUGCUUUCAGCAGCAUUAUAAAAGCAGCCUUAGUCUUUGUAUAUGUGCAUAUCUUACACCUACUUACAUAGCCAAAUCGUGUGGCACUACAAUGGCAACCUUAAAAUCACAAGCGAUGUUCUUGUUUUUAGCUUUGCUAAUGUUGAAAAACGUUGCUCUUCAAGCCCAUGCUCGAACAUUCUUUGUUUUCGGUGACUCAUUGGUCGAUAAUGGGAACAACAACUACUUGGCUACAACAGCUCGUGCAGACAAUAGGCCUUAUGGGAUCGAUUAUCCCACUCGACGCCCCACUGGCCGUUUCUCCAACGGACUGAACAUCCCUGACCUUAUCAGUGAAGCCAUAGGUGCAGAAUCAACAUUGCCAUACUUGAGUCCUAUGCUCACAGGUCAAAAGUUACUUGUUGGAGCAAAUUUUGCUUCUGCUGGAGUUGGAGUACUCAACGAUACCGGAGCCCAGUUUGCAAACAUCAUAAGGAUGCCAACGCAAAUGGCAAACUUGGAACAAUACAAGCGAAGGGUGAGUGAUAUAAUAGGUCCUCAAGAGACUGAAAAGCUUAUAAGCCAAUCUUUAACACUAGUGACUUUGGGAGGCAAUGACUUUGUGAACAACUACUAUUUGGUCCCUUUUUCUGCAAGAUCUCGGCAGUUUGCACUUCCCAAUUAUGUCGUAUAUGUCGUCUCCGAGUACCGGAAAAUUCUAAUGAGGCUUUACGAAUUGGGAUUACGUAGGACGAUCUCAACCGAGAGGUCAGGAGUAGUACGUUUAUUGGUGUCAAUAUUCGUCAAUCCAGCAUCGAUUUCAUCUCUGACCCCGGAAGAUAUGGAUUUGUUACCGCGAAGAUAGCAUGUUGUGGGCAAGGACCAUACAACGGAAUCGGACUAUGCACACCAUUAUCGAAUUUAUGUCCCAAUAGGGAAAUAUAUGCAUUUUGGGAUCCUUUCCACCCAUCAGAGAAAGCGAACAGACUCAUCGUAAAAAACAUUCUGGUUGGCACUACCGAUUACAUAUCACCCAUGAACCUCAGCACCAUCAUGACUUUGGACGCUGCGGAAAAGGUGUAACGACACCGUUGAUUUUUAAAUGAAUUCAAACUCUUGUACCAAGAAUCUAUUGCAUUUGUUAUGUUAUUCAUGGAAGAUUUUAAAUGUUGUUGAUUUUGAAUUUGAUAAGUUGGUACUCGGUCCUGAAUGGUGUAGCAUGUAUCAUGAAAUGACUUACGUUUAGAAUCUCUUUCAAAA